GAGGGAGAGACCACAGAGAAGGUGGAGUGUAGGCUACAGACAGCACAGACACAGCGGGGUUCAGGCCUCUGGUUCUUCUCGGCCCGGCGGCUGACUCUCACGGUUGUGCUCCUCCGUAACGAGGUCGACUGCACCCUGGGAACACAAACCAGAAGGGGACAGAGAGAGAGAGAGAGAGAGAGAGAGAGAGAGAGAGAGAGAGGAGAGAGUGCAAACGACGGGGAUGAAAGAGGAAUAAAACAGCGAGCCGACAGCUAGCUCAAGGGGAAAAAAAGGGAGCGACAUCGCACAAAAACGAGCCACCGAAGAGGAGACAGACCCCCCGGGCCAGACGACCCCGUUAGCGCGGAUACAGGGAGGCACAGAGGGGGGGAGGAAAUAAAGGGAGAAAGACUCGAUAAAUAACACAAGAAGAGGGCAGACGUUAUCACCAGGCAGGCAUGGCAGAUGCAGAGCUGGACUUCACGACGGGUGAUGCUGGGGCAUCCGCCACCUACCCCAUGCAGUGCUCGGCCCUGCGCAAAAAUGGCUUUGUUGUGCUGAAAGGGCGACCCUGCAAGAUCGUUGAGAUGUCCACCUCCAAGACCGGCAAGCACGGCCACGCUAAGGUCCACUUGGUUGGUAUCGACAUCUUCUCCGGUAAGAAGUAUGAAGAUAUCUGUCCUUCCACCCACAACAUGGACGUCCCCAACAUCAAGAGAAUGGAUUACCAGCUGAUCGGGAUCACAGAUGGCUACCUGUCCCUGCUCCAGGACAGCGGGGAGGUGAGAGAGGACCUGAGGAUUCCUGAGGGAGACCUGGGCAAAGAGAUAGAGAGCAAGCACGAGGCCGGAGAGGAGAUCCUGAUCACCGUUCUAAAUGCAAUGGAAGAAGAAGCUGCAAUUGGCAUCAAGGCCUUGGGUAAAUAAGCCACUGCAGGUAAAUACAGAGCUACAGCUGUAUCGACAUGCAGCUGUCCUCUCACACCCCCACACCCCCCAACUACCGCCUGACCCAAGCCUGCCUGAAGAGGAGUGUGUGUGUGUGUGCGUAUGUGUGUGUGCUCGGAUGUUACACCACAAGCCACCAGCAUGUGCCAUGCCAGUGCGAGUGUGUGUGAUGUCAUGUAAAUGUACAGUUUAUUGUUCAUCAGUGGACCAAGGGGAAGGCAAGUCCAGUCAACAAGAGCCGAGGCUGUUGCCGAGGUUUGAUGUUUAAAGGUUUUACUUUUGGUAUCAUAGGGGGAAAAAAAAAAAGAUGAAAAGACGAUGUUGUAAAAUGCUAUUCACAAUUAUGCACAUCCAUGAUACUGGAAAUAUUCAUGUUUUUACAUAUUAUUGCAUUGCAAAAAGGAUUUUAUGUAUAUAUUUGUUUAACCAGGACGGGAAAUUUAAAGAUUUCUAAUUUGGGAAAUGUUACAAAUUCAACGAAUGUAUUCAAAAAUCUGAAGCCUGUAUGAAGUGUGCCACUGCGGAUUUGCCUACCCCUUAAUGUACCUUUUUGUUUCAUGUUAACAAUAUUACGAGCAUGUGUAUCGUUUUUACGUAGCACUAUCAGAUAUAAAUGAAAGCUUAUGGUUCAUAUUGUAUUUUUGAGCGAUGUUUUCUGUGGGUUGCACUUAAUUUUACAGCCUGAUCUAGCCAGUUGCUUCCUGUACCCCCUACUUCUCUGAGAAAUAAUGGCUUGUAGCAUUGUUGUAAUUGUUGGGUCAAACUGUUUUAUGCACUUUCUUUCCUGCACUUUCUCUCCUGCAGACUGUGGGCUGUAGAAUAAAGUGUCCACACACACAAAAAAAAAAUGUUUAAAACUGUUGGUUGUGCAAUGUUUCCUCUGCAGAGGCUAGUUAAAACACUGUCUCAUUAAAGUAUGUUUCUCAUGUUUUCUUUUUUUGUUGUUUUUCUUUAGCACUUUCCCUCUCUGACUUUUCUUUCCUCUUUCUUCUCAUUCCUCCUAAUUCUGUUUCAGGGGCAAACGAGAUGCACUGGACCUGGGGAAAAGGAGGGGAUAUUGCCUCGUCAAUGCUAUUCUCCCUCUUUUUUUCUCUUUCUCUUUGUCUUUGUUUUUCAUACUCUCUCUCCCUCACUGUUUUCUGACCCUCCUUUGGGUUCAAUUAGAAACUUUAAUAAAUAAUUGGAAACAGUAAACAUUCUCUAUGUACAUGCACACAUAAUAAAGCCACAUCGGAGUACGUAAGGGUGUAGAGGAAGGUCUCUCACUGAGGACUGAGUAGGUCUACAAAUAUUCAGUAGCUACCUGCCAUCAGGGGAAAGAAAGGUGGUGAUAAUGUCACAACUGUUUCGUUUUUUUAUAUGUUCCCCCUGUUCUAUGAAGGGCUUCAACUCUAGAUCUGCAUUGUUCUGUUGAAACUUGUCUAUUAAACAAAGGUUACCAACAUGGCACACAAAAGGUUCGGUUUCUUUUUGUCUCCAGGAGUUAAAAGCGUCAAAAAGGAAACAAAACUCUGCUUCGAGAACACACAAAUGAUCAUCUGUUAAAAAAAAAAAAAAAAAAGUCCUUCAGCCAAACCUCGAUUUCAACUUCAUCCACUCCUUAAAAUUCCCUCUGCACACAGCCGUUUGGAGAAAUGACUAUGAACGAGUAUAUUUGGCUCCACUCAGGAGGCAGAUAGGUUGUGGCAGUUUGGUUUCCUUACUUUGUGUUUCAAUUCCAAACUGUGCAGAAUGUCUCCAAAAUACAAUAAAGAAACUGUUGGACGUGACGUUUGCUUAUCGUUUUAUUUAGCAACAUAAAAGCUUCAAAAACAGGCUUAAACUUAAUUUACUGUGGAAGAGGCUGACGCCAAACACUGGAAGUCCUCCAUCAUAUUGCCAGAAAAAUGAAACAGUCAUCUUGACUUAAUUUGUGGUAACAAACCUUAAUGUGAUCAACCAGAAGUCAGCAACACACAGAGAGUCUACUGAGUUACAUCAAAACAUUUCAGCCACUGUAGCGUUCAUCAGUGUGUGUGUGUGUGUGACCUUAGUGGAAACAUGUUGAUUUGAUCCACAUAUUAAAAAUUCAGCUGCUAAGUGUUGCUGGAUAUUUACCUCUCCUCUGGUUUUAGCUACUUCUUAGCGAGCGGAGUCACAGCAGAGACACUAACCCGUCCACUGAUGCUGCGGUUAUGAAUGUUAGUAUACAAAGAAUAAGCUCUGGUUCAUGCAGUCUUGCUUUAUACAAGAUAUUAACAUAAACACCUCCAGAAUGGCUUUACAGUGUAGGUAAAAUAAUCUAUUUUACAAAUUAACAUUUGAAAUUAUGUAAAAAAAAAAAAAAAAAAUCAAAA